AUGCGGUUCUUUUCCCCCGAGAAGCUUGCAGUUGCAAGUGUAAUUCUCGGCUUCCCAUUCCUGGCUGCUGGCCGGGUCGUGACUAGUUCAACGGGGCUAGAUAUCUCUUGUGACGAUGCUCAUUGUCCAGAGAGUAUUAUACCCCGUGGCCCUCCGAUCAUCUUCAAACCUGGUGGUAAACCAGGAACAAAGCCAGGUGAUAGGUCGGGAGGGGAUUCUGGUGGAAAGCCCGGAGGGAGCCGCUCUGGAUCUGGAGGGCUAGAGGUUGAGCCUCUCGGUACUGGUCUCGGACUGGGCGAUAUACGGCCUAUUGGUGACUAUAAAGACAAGGGCACACAGAACCUUGCGAGCCUCCGGCAGGCGAUCACAAAAGAUGAUCCUGAUACGACAAUAGUAAGCAAGGACGAAGAUGUUCACCCCCCACGGUCCUUUUACAAUCUCUUUAUGGCCGAGUUGUAUGAAGCGCAGCCCACAUUCGGCGCAAAAGGAAGCCAGCAUCCUGAGCUCCUUAACCUGCUCAAGAAGGAAGAUACCGGCUUUGAAUUUGCAGCACAUACAAGUUGGACAGAGUACUCCAUUCGAUCAAAGCAUGUUUCCCAGGCAGCACUUCAAGUGAACCAUGGCGGAUACAGCAGAAACGGAGAGUUCAUAAUUGCAAACACGGCUUUCAAGGAUGCUAUCCCAUACCCCAAGGGCCAUCCGCAACGAAUUCCAAACAACGAAAUAACCUGGCAGUGCUUUGCAAAAGUUGCCAAAGAAAAGACGAAGAAUCUCAAAGGGCUGAUACUACGGGAUAUCCAGAACCGGGGAACUUGGAAAAUUCUACGUGAGGCCUAUGAGAAAAAGGGAAUUCCUCUCAAUCAGAAAGCUGUUUGGAAGCCAGACCCAAACGAUCCCGGGAUGGAUGGCUUGUUCAAAACCAUCGUUGGAAGUGACAAUAUCGCUGGGAAGCUCCUGAUUCUCCAAAACCAUCACAAAGCCAUCGGCAAUAAGGAAAUAAAUAAGGUCAUUACGUGGACUAGACAUGCGGAAGGGUCCCUUAACAAGCUGACCGUGUUUGUUGGGCUCCGAGAAAAGAGCUAA